CCCCACACUGUCCAUUUUGGGCAUCUGUUCUAGAAAUAUUCCAUUUUCGUUCAAUUUUCACUCUUACCCCACUAUUGUUUUUCCACGGAGGAAAAAUCUUAAAAUCUGUAUUCUGACAACUGAUAAAACAUUUGUCCAGCUUACAUUUACAACCUCGUCAUAUAUAUUCAUCGCAUUCAAGAUGCCAAAGUCAUUUGAAAGAACUCGCAAAGCCAUCGCCAAGAAGAAGGGACCCAUCGAGUCCCUUCACCAAUACUCUCGGGACUCUAAGAGAUUACAUCGAGCUCAAGUUCGAGACGAAAAGUUAGAGAAGAUUGCAGCGUCGAGGAAGAAGACUGAUAGGCCUUACCUUGAACGAGCCACCUUUUUCCAGGAAGCUGUCCGACAGAAUGAGGGACAGCCUCUUGAAAUGGAUGUAAUCCAUGAGCUUAUCAAAACUUUUGUCCAUCAAUAUGAUGAAGAAUUGAGCGAUGUGAAGAAAUCGCGACGACCUGGACGUCCUGCUAGUACUAAGGAGGAUCUACUAAAAGCUAAGGUUGAUAAGCUCCAAAAGGAGUACCAGAACGGGUUUUUAAUCCCAGUACUCGACGCAGAAGAUAAUGCUGGACUUCUAAGCCGGUGGGAAGGAUCUUGGUCCUACCUAACCACCGUCAAGUGGGUGAGGAUAUCUUCCGCCGGCCAAGUCCAACCCUCUAGCUUUCCUCCGAGGGGAGAGCAUUGAGAAGACCUUUCGGAAUCCAUGUGUUCGAAAUUUUCAGCCUGGA